UGAAAUAAUUGUUUAAAUUAUAAAUCAAUAAUGUAUCUAUCAAAGUUAUUCAUAUUUCUCGGAUGUUAUUUCGUUUUAAUAUCAUCUGUAAUAUCGAUGAAUCAACAAGAAGAAUCAACAUUUGAAUUUCCCGUACAAUUAUUGGGAUUUCCCAUAAUCAUUGCGGCCGUGAGGGUUUCGAAUUUUAUUAAAAAAUUGGCGUAUUCAUUGAAUCCAGAUACUUAUGUAACCAGAACUAGACGAAUGACACGUUUAAUUCACGACGAGGAGAUACUUGACGUAGAUCAAAUUGAGAAAAAACUUGUUGAGAAACUCGGUAACAAUGUAUGCAUUUAUGAGAGGAUAUGUUCCAAGUAUGCCACGAAAACGUUGCUCAUAAGAAGCAGAGAACGUGUCCUAGAUUGGGACGUUAUAUUCAGAGAAUAUAAAUCAUCACCAAAUCCAAUGAAAGAGAAUUACUUGUUGAGUGUUUUUCUUGGUGAUAUUAUUGGCAGUCCAAGACUUUGUCAUCAACUAGCAAAAAGAGGAAGGGCAUGUGAUGAUAAUAUUUUAGCUGAUUAGUAAAAAAUAAAUUAAACGUGUAGUUACGUGAGUUGAAGAAAUCGUGUGAUUUCACAAGGAUUUGUAAAUAUUGUAUUGCCAUAAACGUUGUGUUGAUCAUCUCUUACAUUAAUUUUUCU